AGUAGCCGGGAUGGAGAUGCUGCGGCAAGAAACGCUCUUCCGUCCCCAAGGCCAAACCUGACCCCGUAAGGCUUUCAGCCAGCCAUGGCUGAGGACAGGCAGCUGCCCAACAUACAGGAAGACUGCCUCCUCAAGAGUCCGUCUUCCUCGAGGAGAGACCGUGUGUCAAGGCUGGGCCGGGCGUUUGUCAAGCACCUACAGUUUCAUAAGAGUCGGCCUAUGGCCGCUCUGGCCUCAUUGACACAUCGCCUCUCUUCGUCCAGCAGCGACAAUCCCCGGAAAGGACUGACUCUUCUAGACAAGUCGUGUAGCCUGCCGGCCAUUGCACCACGUUUGCCCAGGUCCAGGUCUAAUCAUCAUCGGCAAAGUACAUCUGGUAGCAGCUCUUCUUUGGGUUCUGAAUCAUGCAAGUCCAAGGCUCCGUCUUCCUCUUCCUUACCGAGGGUAACGAGAUCACAGUACAAUCUGCGCUGUCCAAAUGCAGGGUCGGAUGCCGACUCCAUGUCUCGCAUUUCUCUGUAUCUGGAAGAAAGGCGACUGUUGCUAAACGCGAGGGAAGGGCAGUUGGUUGACUUAACUCCAGACGAUACUCCACCACGGAGAGUGGAAUUCUACCGCAGAAGAAGUCCAUCUCCUAAGCCCAAAAAUGAUCCUUAUGGAAGACGGUUACCUUUAAAUCCCCAAGAAGCCUUGGCAUAUUAUGGGACUCGUCUUAAUAAAUAUGAAAGAGCAGAAAUCUCUCAAUAUCCUCAAGUGUGGUAUCUGGGUUUGGAAGCAAGCAAAAUCGAAGGAGAACUGCGAGGCGCACAGAAUUGUGGAUAUGAUGAUGACAAUGGCUCCUACAUAAAGGUUCUGCAUGAUCACAUUGCAUACCGGUAUGAGAUAUUAGAAGUCAUUGGCAAGGGAUCCUUUGGGCAGGUUAUUCGAGCGCUUGACCACCGAACGGAUACACAGGUGGCGCUUAAGAUCAUCCGAAACAAGAAGAGGUUCCAUCAACAAGCGUUAGUUGAAGUCAAAAUUUUAGAGCAGGUGACCAAGAAAGAUAGGGAUGGAUUUUUUAAUGUUAUUCAUAUGCUCGACCACUUUUACUUCAGAAAUCAUCUAUGCAUCACAUUCGAAUUAAUGGGGUGUAAUCUGUACGAAUUAAUAAAAAAGAAUCAAUACCAAGGAUUUAGCCUGGGUCUCAUUCGAAGGUUUGCAUUUUCUCUCGUUCAGUGUCUUCGCCUUUUGCAUCGAGAGAAUAUCAUCCACUGCGAUCUCAAACCGGAAAAUAUUCUACUCAAAAGUCGUGGUAGCAGCUCCAUCAAGGUCAUCGAUUUUGGAAGUUCUUGUUUCAGUAACCAAAGGGUUUACACUUACAUCCAGUCCAGAUUCUACAGGUCACCGGAGGUGAUCCUGGGUCUUCCUUACGGUCCUCCCAUUGACAUGUGGAGCCUGGGAUGCAUCCUGGCUGAGCUGUACACGGGUUAUCCCCUCUUUCCCGGGGAAAAUGAAGCCGAUCAACUAGCGUGCAUUAUGGAAAUAUUCGGGCCACCUCCGCCUUCCGUCCUUGAAGCUGCGUCGCGGAGGAGACUCUUCUUCGUAGAUUCGAAAGGAGUUCCGCGGACGCUCACCAACAGUAAAGGAAAGAAGCGGAAACCCUGUUCUAAGACGUUGGGUGUCGUUCUUGGCUGCAAUGAUGAAGAUUUUGUCAACUUCCUCUCUAGAUGCCUUGAUUGGGACCCAGAGAAGAGGAUGAAACCAGACGAAGGUCAUCGCCAUCGCUGGUUAUCUGGAAACAGGGGUCCAGCCCACAGACGGCCCUCCACCACCUCUACGAAAGAAAAUGGCCGUGAGAAGAAAGAACCCAGGAACAAGGAGACAAGAACAAGUAACGGACCGAAAGAAACAGCUCCCAAGAAAACACAACCUAGACGAAUGAGCACAAGUUCCACGAUGCCACGUGUGUAUAAGGCAUGCAAGAACAAUGUGCGGCUCCGAGAUUCCUCAAGAAAAGACUACAUCUACACAUCUCUCAGCAAGACCUCUUCUGAAGAGUCGUUAUUGCUGAAGCAGGGAGAGUUUAGCGCCGAUGAUCCCGUACCAAGACUUUAUGAGCACAAAGAUCCUCUUGAAGACUCAGGAACAUUUUUGCCUCCUAUAUUGUGAUGUUGUCUGCUCACAAGGUUUUGGCUGUUGCUUGCAGUACAGCCAGUACCGUAUUCCGGAAGAAAUUGCUUUGGAGGUGCCCAAGAAGUUGUCAGCUCCUUUGGAUGACGAUCCUUCUACCCUGGCACACCCUUAUUUCAGACUGGAAACUGCACUGUAGUCAUCCUUCAUCAGUUUCAGUUCGGCACGCGGAUGGAACCCGCAGAGUUCGUCGUGAAAGGCUGUGAUCCUCAUACAGGAGAAAUGGCGAGUGAAACAAUUUCAAGACACUUAAAAUUUGUUUUCGAAUUGGACCAGUGCCACUUUUAUGUAAAAUGGUGACAUAAUGGUUUCUUAAUCCUUUCCGUACAGAGAAUUAUUAUGAAAGCACAUAUGUAAUUAGCUAUGUGAAAGAAACUAGAUGCAUUUAAAGUAAUUUUACUUCUCCCUUGAAGACAAUCUUCGAAACUUCACUUCUUAUUUCUCUCUCGAAUAUGAUUAUUUAGAAAUAUCCGUUGAUGUUUCAUUUUGUUAAAAUUAAUUAUGAAAAUUAUCCUUCAUGUGCAUUUGAAUGCCUCUAUCUGUGGAUAUAUCUCUUUUUUGAACAUAAGAAAUUCCUUGAUUAAUUUCAGAUGAAUAUAUUUGAUCCUGCGUAGAAGUCAUUUCAAAGCAACUGCUAUCAUCAAAACGUUUUAAUUCAUUGUGAACUUAAUGGAGAUGAGAAAUGUUAUGGAUAUCAGUCAUGCCUUAUUAGUAAGGAACUGUCAUCUUUAACUUUUAAGUAUAUGGUCUUCAAAAAUUCAGCAAUGAAUUUAACAGAAUACACACAAACAAAACAGGAAACUUCGAGUUGUAUAGGAUCAUUUUUUUCGAAGCAAUCAAUCGUUUUCAAGUUGCUGCAGAGCAAACUAGUCCAUUGAAUUCUCCGAACGUGUUGUUGCUAUUAUAUUAUUGUUGUUGCUAUUAUAUACAGUAAUAUUAAAAUAUCAUAAACUGUUGCAAAAGAGCGUUUUAAAACAAUUCAUCUCUUAGUUAUAAAUGUUCAGAAAUAGGCUUUUGUAAACUCUGAAUGAGAAAAACCUUGAAUCUGUGCACCGGUCUAUUUGAAAUUAUACAUAUCUUGCAAUACUUAUGUGUUCUUUCAGUAAGAGUUAUAUGUAUUUUCUGCUUUCAGUGUAUUCAGCCUUAUUAGAUUUUCCGAUAUACCUAACUUAACGCAAUCUUCCCAAAAUGACCAAAUAUCAUUUUGCUUAUGCAUAUCAACCAUUACUUAGCUUCAGUUUCUUAUACACAAGGACUCAUUUUAAUAUUUCAUUUCUUUCAAGAAAAAUUCAUAUUUCUUUAGAUCCUGUCAUUUCGUGGUUUCCGUUUACAUUACGUGGUAAUAAACAAGAGUGAUGUGAACAGAAAGCUGUUGUACUCAUCUGUGUAGAAAGAACAGAUACACAGUGUCAUGCACAACAAUAAAUGUUAUUAUCCUGAUGAGUUUAAAAUGGUAGAUAUUUACGGAGAUAUCUCUGCCUGUAUAUAUGUACAUUCAAAUUUAACGAGGACCAAGUUUUGGUGCUACCAAAACACUUUGGAAGAGAACACUAAGCUAGUGAUUCAUCAGAUAUUCAGAGAAAUCUUUGCCAAAACCGAGCGCUAUGGUGCUCUUUUAUAAGAACCUGUACAUACUGUUUUCGUACUUUGAAGACUAAUUUAUCUCUCUUCUUUCCUUCGGGUAGAAUAGAGUAGAAAGACGUCCAGACUUAUUCUCAAUCACUCUUCCUGUCAAUAAUUCCAGUCUUUAUCAUUGAAUGGAUGAUUUAAAAUAAGAUAAGAUGAGACAAGAAUGUAAAACAUUUCAGUAUUGCAAUUUUGCAUAACUUAAUUCUUACGAAAAUGAAUUGAUGGAUGAACUUUUUCAAGGAUUGUGUAAGACUACGUAUUUUAAUGUUGGUCUAUGAAUGCGCAAUACUUGGAUAAGAUGACUUAACCGAAUACAUAAUAUUAAUUCCUUUUCAGGGAUGCUUAAAAAUGUAACUUCUUUGAAAAAUUGAAUUGUAUCAAAUUUCCAAUCAAAAUGUCUUCUUUCAGGACAUCCACCAAAGAGAGAUAGUCCUCGUACACCUUUCUUUAACUUAAAACAACAGCCUAGGUUCUUUCUUGGGAUUACCGUUAAUACUAUAAUUAAUAUAAGUAAAAUGCAAGUACAUAGUAACAUGUAUUUAAAAACCUAAUUCAGUCCCUAAAACUUUGAAUGAAAUAUUUUGCUACAUUAAACUGAUAUCUGAAAAUUAAUAGUCGGUAUAUGAUGUUAAUUUACGUGAUAAAAAAUUCUGCAUUUUAGUAUCUAAAAUACUUCUAUUUGAGUUAUUAUGUAAUUCAGGUUCUGAAAAGCGUUACUAUGUUUAUAAGUACCGGCCAGGGAAGAACAAGAUACCUCGAAACUUGGAUUAUGCUUAGUCUACUACACUUCUAAGAAUGUGUGGGUUUACUGUUUGUAAUGAUUUCAAUCACACUUAUAUAGACAAGGCUGUGAACCCUUUAACUAUAAACCAAUGUUUUCUCAUGCUUUUAAAAGCAGAAUCCAGUGGGGUGUGAUCAGUGUUUCUUGGAUAACAAAACAUGAGCUCAUUAUUUAAGUCCAUCUUCAAAAAAAUUAAUAUUGUAUGUAUCCCACACAGUCAUUGCAAAUCCAUCCUGGUUUAUCAGAUUUCUAUUUUGGCCUAAAGUGAUAGGGUAGGAUUCUUUUCCUUGAUGAACAAAAAGGCUCAAGAAUGUUUACAUAUCAAUGUUGCUGUUAACAAUAAAGGAGGAUCGAUUAUUUUACGGAAAAUUUGUAUUUGUUUUACCAGUGCAAUUUAUCAAAAAUUUAACUCUUUGAAUAAAAUACAGAGUAUAAAAUAUUAAAUUCGCUUCUUUAAAAUACGCUGAAUGUAAAGAGAGGCCAGAUUAAUAUAUUUAAAUUUUAUUGUAAGAGAUUUAAUUAUGCAGAAUGGCAACAGAAAUUACCACGAUAUCACUUCACAAAAAAUGAAGUUUCUAUCGGCAUUUCUUGUCUGCAUCAUACCAGGGACAUUAAGAAAGAUUUGAGAAGCAAUACGAGUGUCAGGAAGCAACAAUCCUUGAUACCUUUAAUUAAGGCGAAAGUUUUUUUUUUACUUUUAACUCUCGUAAUCAUUCCAUGGGGGAGUGUUAGAUGUUUCGUUUACAUCUGUCUUUCGAAUGUAUUGGAGUGUUCUUCGUCUUGAACUUUAUCCCGACCUUCUCAAAGUAAUGUUGCAUUUAAACUGUUUGGAAUUUGAUUCCUCCUAAAAUUGUUAUCUUAAGAGUUAAAAGCAAAAAACUGACUAAAACAACACUAAACAGAAUUAAUUGGCACUUAAAAAUAAUUUAUAUAUAUGUUUUUUUAAAUACUGCCUAAAAUGUUGAAAUUUUUAAUUUUAAUCAAAUUAGCUUAAAAAUCUAAGCCUUACUAUAUCUAUCAAUUCAGAUUAGAUAGAAUCUUCAUUUUAACUCUUAAUUCAAAAUGGAAUCGCUCAGGAAGAAAGAUAAAAACUUCUUUUGGUUGAAAGAAAAAAACUUUAAAGAGAGAAAAUUAAGCAAAUAGUUAAAUAUAAUUCCAUAUAUUUACCAAACGCUUAAAAUUUUGGGAAUUGAAAAUAUUAAAAAAGGGUUAAACUAAUUCCAUAUUUUCACGUCAAGCCUUUUAGAUGCUUAAAUAAAUUGUAGUACAUUAUGGAGUACAGCCUUUCUUAAGUACAGUCUUUCUUAAGUUAUGCGACUCGGAUAAACUAAACUUGAUGACUCAAUGACUAGUGAACGACCAACUGGUGAACUAAAUAUUCGUGGUACGAAAUAGUAGAAAUAUGAUCCACUUGCAUUUUUUAAAUGGGAGUUUACCUGGGAAAUCAGAUAUAUAGCAAAGCAAAAUAAGAAAAACAUAUUAUAUUAAAAAUAAGAAUAAAGAUAAAAUAACGAAACUGGCAAAACACGGUAAACAAAUUUUUCUGCUAAAUUUAAUUUAAAUUUAAAUUUUAAAAUUUACAAAUGGUAUAUAAUAUUUUUUUAGACAUAUGUUAUUUGUUUCCCGUAAACUGUUUAAAUUCUGGUGUGUCAUUUUAAAUGGUUCAUAAUAUUUUCCAUUUUUUAAAGAACUUAAAGUUCGAUAUAAAAAAAUAAUAGUACAAAUGCGUAACUUAGAUAAGAAGGGUCGGAUAUUGAUCUUACUGUAGACACUCGGCCAUCUUUUUGAUUCAGCAAUAACGUUGUCUGCAACCACCGUCUAUGGAAUAAGAGGCGAAGGACAUGCUCUUAAUAAUUUCUCUAAUACACUUGAGGACUGGCGUUCUCGCUCUCGACAUAAGCAACCAAGCCGAAUUUAUAGAAGUGCCAAAAAUGUAAUCCCAAUGAUAAAAAUGUUAUAAUUAUUGAGGAAAUACAGAACAAUGUGCCAAAGUACUUUAGAUGCAAGAUUAGUAUUAUCUUGACAUGCCACACCGUGUUUAGUGUUGAGACCUUUGAACAUUUAAUUUUCUUCAGAUGUUUACGCUUUAUAUUCGCAGCCACGUGUUUGCUUCAAAGCCUACUGCAGUGGUUUGGUUGUAUUUGAUAAAAAUCACCGCUUUGUUAUAGAUAAUUUUUUUUCUAAUUUAAAAAAAUAUUCAAAAUCGCUGUUUUUGUAAAAUUUUGUGCUCUUAAGCAGGUUUCUCAAAUUUAGCACUUGAAAUUUCUAAACAAAAUUUUGAGCAUUUCUGAUUAAAAGAACUUUUUCGCAACCUCACGCUUAAGCGAAAACAGUAUUUCACAAAACCUGCAAUAUAUCUUCAAUGAUAUUUACAAAUUUCGUUAGAGAAUUAAGAAAUACUUUCCAUAAUAUAUAAGCUUAUAGAAUGUUUUCAAUUAAUGAAUAACCCUGAGAUAUAUCAAAAUAUACAAGUAUUAUAAGAAAUAAAUAACAUUAUUUGCAGCUAUAUAAAUUUCAGUUAAGUUUUAUUGAAGAAAAGAGAAACUGAAAUACUUUUCUGAGAAAUUUUAUUUUAAGCUACGCUUCUCAAAAUAAUAUUCCAAUUAUUUCAUAGAUGUAAUUUACAAAUUUUUCAUUAAUAAUUUUUUUUCAAUUAUCCCCUUUGCAUCGUUGAUUAUUAAACAAGUAAUAAAAUGUAUAAAGUCAAAUAAUUCUCACGUAUCAUUAGAUUAUCAUCUAAUAAUAAAAUAAACAGGAAGUAUAUGCAUGAACGCCAUAAUUUAAAUCACAUUUUCAUAAAAUAAUAAUAUAUGUUUUUAUAUACUUUAAAUUUCUAACUUGGCAACAUAUUUUCAAAGUACAGAAAAGUACAGGAAAGCAAGUAAAUUCGUUUUAAAUAUUUAUAAACAAAAUAAAAUGUCCAAAUCACUACCCCUUCUUCUGCUUAAAGAUACAAUAAAUAGAUUUUCAUCUUAGACGUAAUACAACUUUUAAACAACUGAUAAGUUCCACAGUAUUUUUCCAUGCAUUUAUUGCUUACAAAGUCAAGAGCUUGAGACAUUUAGACUUCCAUUAAAUAAGCACAAGUAGAAAUGACUAUUUUGUGUAGCUCUUUCCGUCAUUUUCUUAUAAAUUCUACUCCUAAACUUCUUUAAACCUAAAUUUUACUUCCACUUGAAAUGGACAAAAUAAAAUCCUUUAAAAGUAUAAUUCUUAAAAGACGAACCUAAGUCCAAAAAGUAAGUUGAAUAUUUUAAAAUUUUACACAGAAACUAUAUGAAUAUAUGCUGUUAAUGUUAAUGACGAAAUUGUUUUUUGUAUGUUAAUGUCCGUUUACUGGCAUUUUGAUUUUGAUAUGACAGGUAGGAGUACAUCUGAAACGUCUUAAGACGUACUUCAUGCACAUCUAACACUUCAUAAAUGAAUACUCACCAAGACUACUUUUCAGAUAAAUCCUUUUCCAUUAAAUCUCUGUGAAGACAAUUCACAUGGUCACAUGGUAACGUAAUGUAAUCUGUUUCAUUGCUUUAAUUGGUCAGAUAUAAUUCAAGAAUAUUGAGAUUAUCCAGAUGCGCUGUAGAAAUUUUUAUAUCACAGACAAUUAAAACUACAGAUAUCUCACAGAUACUUCCUAUUCAUUUUUAAGCAAAAUUAAUAACAGAUCUUGCAUCUUACAUGGUCAAAUCAAAUUUAGUUUUGCAAAAUCUCAAAGACCGUAGCUUCCGUUCACCAUUCAAAAUAGAAUACUGCUUCAAGUAUCAAAGGCUGUUACUGCUCAUUGAGUAGUUUCAACAAAGAGGUUUCUUUUAAGUCCUUAGAAAAUCACGAGGAUUCCAGAAAACAUAUGUAAGAGAGCGAUAGCGUCGGUCCACUAUACCUUUGUUUCACUUACGUUGCCAAUGUUCUUGUUGACAGCUGUUAUCGGGUACAGGCCUUCCAAACUGAACAAAAGAUAUUGGCCGAACCCGAGUGUUAGAAAUCUAAAUUAUCGUUUCAUAGAGUGUAUAUUCUUGUUACUUUAUGUAGUAGAUCUUAUUUUUAGAGUGUGUCUUUUGUUUGAAGAAACAAAUGUAUUCUAGAUAUUACAAUAAUAAAAUAUUUGUUUUCCCUUUA